GGCCGUCGGUCACGUGGCCCCUGGCCGGGGCUUCCGAAGCCGGAAGUGUCCUGAGGCGCAGGGAGGCGCCGAGAGCCAGCUGGCGGUGGCUCGGCGGAGAUCGGGCACGUAUAGCAAGAGGAUUGCCUGACCAAGCCGAGAUGCAGAGCACUUCUAAUCAUCUGUGGCUUUUAUCUGAUAUUUUAGGCCAAGGAGCUACUGCAAAUGUCUUUCGUGGAAGACAUAAGCGCACAGGUACUAAACCUUUCCUACAGGUUUGGAAUAAUACCUUUAGUCUCCGUUUACUUCAGAAGUUGCAACAGAUCUGCAUAUCCUAAAAGCCCCAUCAUAAAAACAUUGUUAGACUGUCAUUCCCAAUCACUGAUUUUUUUUUUCAGACAACAACAAGACAUAAAGUACUUAUUAUGGAAUUUUGUCCAUGUGGGAGUUUAUACACUGUUUUAGAAGAACCAUCUAAUGCCUAUGGACUACCAGAGUCUGAAUUUUUAAUUGUUUUGCGCGAUGUGGUGGGUGGAAUGAAUCAUCUCCGAGAGAAUGGCAUAGUGCACCGUGAUAUCAAGCCGGGAAAUAUCAUGCGUGUUAUAGGGGAAGAUGGACAGUCGGUGUACAAACUCACAGAUUUUGGUGCAGCUAGAGAAUUAGAAGAUGAUGAGCAGUUUGUUUCACUGUAUGGCACAGAAGAAUAUUUGCAUCCUGAUAUGUAUGAGAGAGCAGUGCUAAGAAAAGAUCAUCAGAAGAAAUAUGGAGCAACAGUUGAUCUUUGGAGCAUUGGGGUAACAUUUUACCACGCAGCUACUGGAUCACUGCCAUUUAGACCAUUUGAAGGGCCACGUAGGAAUAAGGAAGUGAUGUAUAAAAUAAUUACUGGAAAGCCUUCUGGUGCAAUAUCUGGAGUACAGAAAGCAGAAAAUGGACCAAUUGACUGGAGUGGAGACAUGCCUGUUUCUUGUAGUCUUUCUCGGGGACUGCAAGUUCUACUUACCCCUGUUCUUGCAAACAUCCUUGAGGCAGAUCAGGAAAAGUGUUGGGGUUUUGACCAGUUUUUUGCAGAAACUAGUGAUAUACUUCACCGCAUGAUAAUUCAUGUUUUUUCACUACAACAAAUGACAGCUCAUAAGAUUUAUAUUCAUAGCUAUAAUACUGCUACUGUAUUUCAUGAACUGGUGUAUAAACAAACCAAAAUUAUUUCUUCAAAUCAAGAACUUAUAUAUGAAGGACGACGCUUAGUUCUAGAACCUGGAAGACUGGCACAACAUUUCCCUAAAACUACUGAGGAAAACCCUAUCUUUGUAGUAAGCCGAGAACCUCUGAGUACCAUAGGAUUGUUAUAUGAAAAAAUUUCCCUCCCUAAAGUACAUCCGCGUUAUGAUUUAGAUGGAGAUGCUAGCAUGGCUAAGGCAAUAACAGGAGUUGUAUGUUAUGCCUGUAGAAUUGCCAGUACCUUGCUGCUUUAUCAGGAACUAAUGCGAAAAGGGAUACGAUGGCUGAUAGAAUUAGUUAAAGAUGAUUAUAAUGAAACUGUUCACAAAAAGACAGAAGUUGUGAUCACGUUGGAUUUCUGCAUCAGAAACAUUGAAAAAACUGUGAAAGUAUAUGAAAAGCUGAUGAAGAUCAAUUUAGAAUCAGCAGAGUUAGAUGAAAUCUCAGACAUACACACCAAAUUGUUGAGACUUUCCAGUUCUCAGGGAACAAUAGAAACCAGCCUUCAGGAUACCGAAAGCAAAUUAUCUCCAGGAGGAUUGCUGGCGGAUACCUGGGCCCAUCAGGAAGGCACUCAUCCAAAAGAUAGACAUGUAGAAAAGCUACAAGUCCUGUUAAAUUGCAUCACAGAGAUUUACUAUCAGUUCAAAAAAGACAAAGCAGAACGUAGACUAGCUUAUAAUGAAGAACAAAUCCACAAAUUUGAUAAGCAAAAACUGUAUCACCAUGCAACAAAAGCUAUGACCCACUUUACAGAUGAGUGUGUUAAAAAGUAUGAGGCGUUUUUGGAUAAGUCAGAAGAAUGGAUGAGAAAGAUGCUUCAUCUUAGGAAACAGUUACUAUCUCUAACUAAUCAGUGUUUUGAUAUUGAAGAAGAAGUAUCAAAGUAUCAAGACUAUACUAAUGAGUUACAAGAAACUUUGCCUCAGAAAAUGUUUCAAGCCUCCAGUGGAAUCAAACAUACCAUGACCCCAAUUUAUCCAUGUUCUAACACAUUAGUAGAAAUGACUCUUGGUAUGAAGAAAUUAAAAGAAGAAAUGGAAGGAGUGGUUAAAGAACUUGCUGAAAAUAACCACAUUUUAGAAAGGUUUGGCUCUUUAACCAUGGAUGGUGGCCUUCGCAAUGUUGACUGUCUUUAGCUUUCUAAGAAGUUUGGGAAAAGUUUCAGUUUGCACAAGAAAAUAAUGCUGAGGCAUAAAAUGAAUGCUUCAUUUAGGUGAUCUCUUGUUUCUACAAUUCAGUAUUUGAUGUGAUGAUGUAAAUAUGUACAAUAUUGUAAAUACAUAAAAAAUAUAUAAAUUUUUGGCUGCUGUUAAGAUGUAAUUUUACCUUUUAACAUUUAUAAUUAUAUGAGGACAUUUGACCUCAGUGAGCACUAGAAGAAAGCCAUGACUGCUAUGUUGAUAUACUGAUCCUCUACUCUUCUGCAUAAGGCUAACUGAGUCAUAUAUCUCUGACUGCCUACUGGAAACAUUUCUCAAUCAAACCAAAAUUGGCAACCUUACAAAUCAGAAGGCUGAUAGUUGACAUUUUGUAAGUGGUAGAAAGAAGAGGUAGCUUUGGGGGGGCGGGGGCGGAGCAGAACCAAACCACUGUUUUACUAGGAUCACAAUUUUUUUGAGAAGGAUAAAGUGGCAUUAUUUCAUUUUACAAGGUGCCCAGAACCCAGUUAUCCUCAUGUCUGUUUACUUGUAGAUAAGUUACUGAGCAAAUAUUUUUAAGUGAUUUAAUUAUUAAAAACUAUUCACUUUUAUUUUGGCCAUGAAUUUAAAAUUGUCAUAUAAAUUUUAGGAUCAUUUCAACUGUUUUAAGCGAUAUAUGUCUUUAAUUCUGCUUACUAUUUCAUGGAAAAUGUCUAUGAAUUUCUCAAUUUUAAUGUAAAGAUUUAUAUUUUUCUGUGUACAACAGUUUGAGAAACGAGUUACCUUUUGAAAGAAAUAAUAUGGGUGGUGAUGGUAAAUUCUCAGGAUAUUUGAUGAAGGGACAAUUUUGUAUGUCUUCAAAUCCCAUUAAUUCCAAGUUUAAUAGAAAUUCUUUCAUAAAUUUAUGCUAUAAAAAUCCAAAGGGAACAUUGCCUGAAAAAUCUACCCAAAGCUCUAGAGUAUAGGAUUAUGCUCAGCAAGAAAUUAUUUUAUCCAAUCAGGAUUUGUUUUGGUUUUUGAUUUAUCAGAUUAUUGACAUGUGAUUAUGUACAACCUGUAUAUCAUAAAGUUAUGUCCUAAAGAGUAAAUAAAUUCGACUACCUUGAACAUUGGAAAACUGAAAAUGGAUCAGGAUUUUAUUUGAAAUCUCAAAUUGAUGCAUUGUGGUGGGGAAUUUUAAGUGUGACAUGUACACAUUAUAGAAAUAAAUGCAUGGGUUGAAUGACUUACAUAAA